AUAAAUUUAAAUAAUUUUAUGUUUCCAAUUAGAAAAAGUAAAAAUAUUGAAUUUACUGAUAAAGAAUUAUUAUAUAAUGAUACGUUUGGUAGUUUUAGAAGUAAAAUUGAAUCAUGUUUUGGAAAUCUUGGCAAUAAGUUUAAAAGAUUUAAUAAUAAUGAAGGAUCAAUUAAAGUAACAGAUUUAAAAGUUUAUAAUUUGCAAUUAAAGCUUAAUCAUAUAUUAUGGAUUAAUGAGAACUUUGACUAUCCUAAUCCACUUAAAAAUGAUUGCAUAAACAAUAUAUUUUAUGAAUUUGACUUAUUAAGAAUAACUGAUAUGACAAAUCAACAAGAUGAAUUUUUGAAUAAUUAUUUUUUCGAUUCUAAUAGUAAUAAUAUUAAUAUAAAUAGCAUGGAUAUAGAAAAUGAUUCAGAAUUAGAUGAAGAUAGUUUUGAAGUUGAAAAAAUUAUAAAACAUAGAAAGUUUAAAAAAAGAAUGAAAUUUUAUGUUAAAUGGAAAGAUUAUGAUGAAACAUUCAAUGAUUGGGUUUGGCAGGAAGAUUUUAAUGAUGAAGCAAUUAUUGAUGAAUACUUG